CCUCCCCCGUGUUUAAAAAUCACCAGAAGGCUGCCCGUGAAGAGGGAGGGGGAGGAGAGCGAGCAGGGAGCGGAGCGAGCAGAAGCCUCGCAGCAGAAGGAGCGCCGCUGGCCGCAAGGUUCAUCCCAAAGGCUGAGAGUCGUUGAUCACCUCUUUCCGGUUGACAUACCAGAGGACAGCCACACUAUGUCAUCUGACCAGACUUCUCAGUCCACUGUGCCACCUCUCCACUCUCCAAAGUCACCUGUGUGGCCAAUUUUCCCUUUUAACAGAGAGGGAAGCCGGAUCUGUGAGAGAGGCGCCCACCUUCUUCGGGACUUACCCAGCCCACUUCCCACAAAAAGAACCAGGACAUACUCUGCGACGGCUCGUGCUUCCGCUGGUCCUGUCUACAAGGGUGUGUGUAAGCAGUUUUCACGCUCCCAGGGCCACGGUUUCAUCACCCCGGAGAGUGGCACAGAGGACAUAUUUGUACAUGUGUCUGACAUCGAGGGGGAAUAUGUUCCAGUAGAAGGAGAUGAGGUCACAUACAAAAUCUGCCCCAUCCCACCAAAGAACCAGAAGUUCCAGGCUGUGGAGGUGGUGCUUACCCAUUUAGCUCCACACACAAAGCAUGAAACGUGGUCUGGCCAAAUAAUUGGAUCGUAAACUUCUUUUUGAGCCUGCAGGACAACCCCACCAAGGAGGUGGGGUUGAAUGGUGUGGUGGGUGGUGGAACUGCUGGAGCAAUGGAAGAGAGCCCAGGCUGCCAAUUCUUGUUUGCAGUGUGACAUGUUGGCAUUUAUGUUGUCUUUUCUAAGAUUUA